CUGAGUCACUACGAAAGAAAUCAUUUGGAAGCUUCAGAGGUGCCGUUUAGCAGGACAUGACUCCGAUAGACAGGUGAGUGCGUGGGGCAGUCCCUGCUGCCUGGAAUAACUACAAGAGAGUAUUCACAACUUCUCGCCUUCUGAGAUCAAGAAAGCAUUCUUUGAAAUCAUGUCUCAAGAUGAUGGACCCGCCAGCUUUCAGCAGCCGCCAAAGCCGCCAUCGCGUAAAGAAACGCGUGAGAAUCCUGCUCCCACUCUUGCUUGGAUCGAGGAUCGAAUCGCAGAGAUCUAUUCUGUCAGACAGGUUCAUCAGCAACAUGUCAACAUUGCGCAAUACACCUUAAGCACCUACAUGGAUACCUACACUGCGAUUCACGAGUUUUGCACAUUCACAAAACACGGUCGAACAGAAUCUGGCGAACUGAACGGAGAGAGCCUUUACCGACGCCUGGAAUCUGCGAUCAAAGCCUACUGUCAAGAAGUAGCGGCUGUGCUUUCCGCUUCACAGGGCGGAGAGAGCAUCGAUCGCCCCGGUGUCCCAGUUGCAGUGCUGUCAGCAUACUCGCGUCAAAGGAAUACCUUCUCGCAGAUAUGCAAGAAAGUCGAGCAUAUGUUUAGCUUUCUUGACCGGCAUUGGAUUAAGAGAGAAGUUGACGAAAACAAGCACGAGGUAUAUGAGCUACGACGUCUUCACGACCUGAUCUGGGUAAAAGAAGUCCUGGGUGUCACAUGGCCCUACCAAGGGACACCAGUGCCGCACACGACCACCCUAGUAGUGGAAUCUAUGAAGGAACUACAGCAACGCGGCGAAAACGAUACGGCUUCCACUGGUAGCGAAGAUGGCCUUGUUCAAAGCGUGCUUGAUACUUUUCGCAGCCUUGGACUUGAGUUCGUCGAUGGUGACUUGACAGUACCAAAGGUCGUCGAGACCGUGGUCGAAACACCUGUCGAGAAGGCCAUUAAACGUGCCAAGUCCAAGUUGAAACCAGUAUCUGAGGAGGAACCAGCGCGCGACGGAACUCAAAACUAACAACACACAUGCUCCACGAAAAGCAAAUGUGAGAAAUCAAACACAGGUCCGGC